AUGUGUGCCGUCGCUACUCCAAAGCACAAGUGGCCACCGGCCCCUCGUGUGGAGGACGAGCGCGUUGCCCGCUCGUACGAAGUGUCGGAUUCUUCUCUGUCCUCGUACAUUGAAGACGAUGACUCCGUCGUAUCGAGAGGAACAAUCGACCAGUGGCCCGUUAUAUUACCAGUGGAAUCCCCGGGGCCUUGCAACCAGUCAGCCCAUCAUGAUGAAAAUAUAAUGUCCAGAAAGACUGCCGCAGCAGAGGAUAUGCCAAUUCACAGGAAAGCCACGGACAAUACACUACAUACAUCGUCACUUAAACGAAGCCAAUCAGAAAGGAGACCUGCUAGUAAGGUCCGAUUUUCAGAGCCACCUGGAAGAGAUGAACAUUCUAGAGUUAGAAUGGGCCCUGUCCCAUCUAAAGCUAAUAUGAAGUACUCCCCGGAACCCGAAGCCACUGCCAAUGCCACUGGAAAGGAUGCCAUGUCAAGCCAAAAAUCUAACUCCAGCUCGAAAUCCCAGCGUAAAUCGGUGAUUCAGGGCCCUGAGGGGCCUCGAUCACAAGGGGCUAACUACUCACUAGGGUAUACAAGCCAGCAGAAGGUUUCAGGUCAUCCAACAGCAACCUCCAAGAAAUACUCUGCUGAUGAGCUUGACAACCGAAGCGACUUUUCAGAUGUGUGGGAAUCAGUUCAGCGAUCCGAUGUCUCGAUUGAUGGUGGUGAUAGAAGACCGCAUCGCCGUCCGCAUGCCGGGGAAUGGUAUAGCGACGACGAAGUGUUUUCAUCCCACCGGAGCUCCCACAAGUCGAGAUAUUCGCCUCCGGCCGCCGACGAAUCCGUCAGAAAAGAAUCCCAAGACACCAAAACGAGCCGCAAAUCAAGGAAAGAUGAUACCAUGGAGCCGGCUCCCCGCCAACGAGGGUCGAGCCGUCGUCGAAAACCGAUGGCAACGGAAGAAAUGUAUAGCUACAUCUCUGAGACCAGUUCUGGUAAGGGGAAAAAUUCCUCUCGCUCAGAGAGACGCCGUAGCAACAGCUCGUUGCCUCGCUUAGAACGAGCCAAUCUCGAAUCAUGCGCCAAUAAAUAUCAAGAUACAACUGACGAGCACUUCUCCGACCCAAUGCCGAAGCUACCGGUCACCACAACUGCUCCACCAUAUGAUGGGGCUCUCACUCAACAGCAAGUCUUCGCUCCCGUCACUUUUGUCCCCAGUGGUCAAGACUACAAUCCUGAGGGUUGGGAGUACAUAUCCCCUACCACUUGCUAUGAGUGUACCGGGCACGAUGCUGGCUGGUCUACAACUCCUUACCUACCUGCAGUAGACAUGCCGCUGCAGCCUCCAUACAUGGGAUACCAGGACAAUACGAUGUCAAGUGCACCAGUACUAAGCUCAACUCUUGCUGGACAAGAGAUUACAAGCCGCGGUGCCGUCAAACCUCAUAGACAAGUGUCACCACGACGUCGUUGCGAGGAGACUCCUGCAUUGGCGCCUUGUCCAAGAUCAAUUGCCAUGGCUGAUUACAAUGAUUGGUCUACCAUAGUUGGCUUGACACAUAUGAACAUUUGCCCAUCCUGUACCCAACAGAUUAAGAAGACUCGCUUCGAUAAACUUGUCGUCCCUGCGCCGCCUCAGCCUCUCGGGCUACCAGUUCGAUGCUCCAUGAGCCAACCAUGGGCGCGAUUAGCAUGGGUUCAGACAAUGAAGCUGGGUUUAAAUCACCUUGAACUGCUAUACCAGCUAACUCGGCCAUCGUCAAUCUACAAAGGUUGCCCUGGCCGCACUCCUUCCACCCAAACAUGGUACCGAGUCAUCGAUCCGGACACCGGCAGGCUCAUGCCCAACUUCAAUGCAUGUGCAUCCUGCUUCCGCAACGUCAGGAUCCUCAUGCCCUCGCUGCGUGAUUCAUUCCAGCCAAGUUCGACUUCACAGGAACGAACUUGCGACCUUCGCUGCGGCAGUACUCGCUUCAUCCAAUAUCUCGACCUCCUCGAUGUUGCAGCUACCCGCCAUCGACAUGACCCAGGCCGUAAGCCCGAUCUACGAGACUUUAUCCGGUACGCCAAACGUAAGAACCGCAUCUAUGACUGUCCUCGUGAUCACCUCAUCGUUGGCCCAUGGCAUGGUAUUGACGAAUUGCCUGAAUUUACUGUCUGCGAGGACUGCUACGAUGACGUUGUCUGGCCGUUCGGGAACAGCCCAGUAGCUUCUCUAGUGUCCCCGACCGUCCAAAUGACUCCAGACAGGGCGGGCCCAGCAUCCCGCCAGGCAUCAUGCCAGCUAUACAGCCCACGAAUGAGAAUGAUGUUCCGUGAAGCCGUCAGGCGUUCAGACUUUGGCUAUCUGAGGGCAGCAGUUUUGGCUCGAUACCAGGCCGAGAAUGCUUUCCGUGAGAACAAGAGGCUACUCAUGGAAGAUGUUUCAUUAGGUUACGAUCGUGAUGCUGAAUUGAGGAAAAAUGCAGCUGAAUGGAGACGAUGGGAAUGA